AAUGUAUGCAAAUAAGGUAUUCAAUUGUAUAAAUUUAUGUGUAUAUUGAUGAGUGGUAAAACAUGCAUUUAAUGAAUUUUUGUAUAAGCCUGUAAUGUAACAAUAUGUGGAAAAAGUCAAGGGGUCUUGUAUAAUGCCCUGUAUAUGCUUCAAACUACAAUUUAAGGAUCUGAAGUGGUAAACACAAUGGCAUAAUGGAAAAUGCAUGUCCAACGGUUAUCUCUGUAUGAGUCACAUUAAAACACUAGGUAGGGCAGUGGUUAUCUGUAUUAGUAUUAUCUCUGUAUUACCCACAUUAAAACACCUAGGUAGAGCAGUGGUUAUCUCUGUAUUAGUAUUAUCUCUGUAUUACCCACAUUAAAACACCUAGGUAGAGCAGUGGUUCUCUCGGUAUUAGUAUUAUCUCUGUAUUACCCACAUUAAAACACCUAGGUAGAGCAGUGGUUCUCUCGGUAUUAGUAUUAUCUCUGUAUUACCCACAUUAAAACACCUAGGUAGAGCAGAGAGGACAGAGCAUGUGGCUUUGUAACACACAGGUGUUUCAUCUCCACACUGGGAUGAUUUUAACAGUGCAACGCCUCUCAGGCCUCAAGCCUCUCAGGUAGGAGGGUACCAGAAGUAAAAUAAUAAUAAACACAAAACUAAUGAAGGAGCACACAGUCACCAACAAUAUAUCCCUGUUGUCAAUACUUUCAACUGGCUCAGCUCGCUGUUACAGUACAGCACCACCAAAUUCCAUGUAUUAAUAAGUAACCAUCUGUCUUUUGUAACCAGAAAAACGUAACAUAAUACUGUUUUGAGAGUCCCUGAUUUAUAUUUACUAUGUUACACCUAGUCUAUGAGACGAGGCUACACCUUAACCUACAUUAUAAACAGCAGGUCAAGGUGUGUUUUCCCUUCAGCAUCUGCAUGUGGCAUAAGCUCACCCACCUCACAGCAUGAAUCUAAAAUGGUUAACCUUGGCUGUGAGUGAUGGGAAAAAAUCUGACUACGGCAAUUACUUGAAUAAUUCAAUGGAUGUUUUGUUUACAGACUUGAUGAGUAAAUUGUCUUGUUUAAAAAAAAACGUGACUUCGCAAUGGGGCCAUCAAUAGGAAUUGGGCCGUGCUUCAGCCGAACUGCAGUACGGAAAAUGCCCUCUGAGCACAGUGGAAAGCAUGCUUACAGACUGGAAGCCUGGCCCCAUGAUCCGUAAGAGGUGUAAUUGCAGACCGCAAUUAGGGGCGUUCUCUGAUAUCGGGUGUUUCAUGAUAUCUACUUUACACCAAUUGAUGCUCCCCAUUGGUCCGUGGCCGUUUCUUUUGCGUUGGGACAACAGUUGUUGACAUCUGUUACAUUGUAGCUAACCCUAAUCCUAGUCUCCUAACCUGCCACGGUAAUUCACCUAACCUGCCACGUUAAUUAUCCUAACCUGCAUGGUAAACAAAUACCUAACCCUCACCCUUUUCCUAACCUUAACCUCAGUCUCCUAACCUGCCACGGUAAUUCACCUAACCUGCAACGUUAAUUAUCCUAACCUGUAAGGGGCACACUCCAACAUUCAGACAUAGCCUGCGUUCCUAAAUUCGCUCUGGCUAUAUACUCCGAUUUCAGACCACUCUGGUCUGAGUGCCAGAGGGAAGAAUAAUUGAUGAAAAACAAACGCUCAACACCCCUUGAAUAUGGCCGGUGUCAGUAAACGUCGGCAAAAAAAGCGUAAUUAAAUUGUUGCCUGUAGCACAGCACUGGAUAACAUGAACACAGCCUAACCAGUUCUGCUAAGGCGAGUGAAAUGGUCAGAGUUCUCUCAUUUGUACUGAAAGUAGCUAGCAAGCUAGCCAAUGUUAACCAGUUAUCUUGGAUGCUUGUAUUUAGGAAUGUAGUGGAGAAAAAGUGGAAGUUGUCAAAACAUAUCAAAAGUAAAGUACAGAUACCCCAAAACUGCAUACAUUUUCCCUGACACCCAAAAGUACUUAAAAUAUUUGUACUUAAGUACUUUACAUCACUGAUUGCGGGGAAUACUGACUGAAGAUGUUCCUCCCUACGAGGCCCAUGAGACUGUAUAGGGAUGUGAUUUGAAUAGGACUGUGACUGAACGAGUGGGGUGUUGUUAUUUAUCAAUUUAUGUAUUUGGUUUUGAUGUCGUUGUUCCCCCUCCCCUUUUCCGCAAAGGAAAUGUAUUUUCUUCUACAGUUCACUAACCUUACAGUAGGUGGCGGCAGACAGGUUAUAUUUGUGUAAAUGUCAGUAUACCAGAGAUGAAGAUGACGCUGUUGCAUUGUCGAGGUGGGGAACAGGAAGUUCCGGGUCGAAUCGACAGAACGGUGCUGUUGUGUCGAUAGUGGUUGUGUCCGUUUCAAAUGUAUCAUUGUAGACCGACUCAGAUUAACUCUGAGGCCGUUAACAUCAAUAGUGAGGACAAACCCAGCCUGUCACUCUCCUUCCACACUGAGUCCAAACCUACAGUCACUGGGUCCUGAUUGUGACAGUGGAGCCCAGUUUGCACUGCAGGAUCCAGAGAUGGCAUCAGUGAAGCUGGAAGACUGCAGUCAAACACUGGAGCUGAAUGUAAACAUUAAAGAUGACGAAGAGGAGGAGAAGAUUAGGACAACUGUUAGUCAUGGAUACCAUGUUGAGACAUUCUCCACAUCCAGAGAGCAACAGCAGGAAGAUCAGAGAGCUAAGAGGUCUCAUCACUGCCCACAUUGUAAAGAGAUUUUCCCAUUUCUAUCAAAGCUAAGAAUACACCUAAAAAUACACACAGGAGAGAAGCCUUACUCCUGCUCUGACUGUGGAAAAUGCUUCAAAACAUCAACGGUGCUAAAACUUCAUAAGAGAACACACACAGGAGAGAAGCCUUUCUUCUGCCCUGACUGUGGAACUAGUUUCUCUCAGCUUUCCCACUUAAAAUCACAUGAACGUAUACAUACAGGGGAGAAGCCAUACUCCUGCUCUGACUGUGGGAAAUGUUUUAAAACAUUACAUGAGCUAAAAGUUCAUCAGAGAACACACACAGGAGAGAAGCCUUACGUCUGCUCUGACUGUGAAAAAUGCUUCACAUCAUCAACUCAUCUAAAAGUUCAUCAGAGAACACACUCAGGAGAGAAGCCUUAUUACUGCUCUGACUGUGGAAAAAGUUUUAAAACAUCAAAUGAGCUAAAGGUUCACCAGAAGACUCACACAGGAGAGAAGCCUUUCUUCUGCUCUGACUGUGGGGCGAGUUUCUCUCAUCUGGGCACCUUAAAAACACACCAACUUAUACACACAGGAGUGAAGCCUUACUUCUGCUUGGACUGUGGAAAAUGCUUCAAAACAUCAACUGAGCUAAAAGUUCAUCAGAGAACACACACAGGAGAGAAGCCGUAUUACUGCUCUGAGUGUGGAACUAGUUUCUCUAAAUUUUCCAUCUUACAAACACAUGAACGUAUACAUACAGGAGAGAAGCCUUACGUCUGCUCUGACUGUGGAAAAUGCUUCAAAACAUCAACUGAGCUAAAAGUUCAUCAGAGAACACACACAGGGGAGAAGCCGUAUUACUGCUCUGAGUGUGGAACUAGUUUCUCUAAAUUUUCCAUCUUACAAACACAUGAACGUAUACAUACAGGAGAGAAGCCUUACGUCUGCUCUGACUGUGGAAAAUGCUUCAAAACAUCAACUGAGCUAAAAGUUCACCAGAGAACACACACAGGAGAGAAGCCUUACGUCUGCUCUAACUGUGGAACUAGUUUCUCUCAACUUUCCCAUUUACAAUCACAUGAACGUAUACAUACAGGAGAGAAGCCUUACGUCUGCUCUGACUGUGGAAAAUGCUUCAAAACAUCAACUGGGCUAAAAGUUCAUCAGAGAACACACACAGGGGAGAAGCCAUACUCCUGCUCUGACUGUGGAAAACGUUUUAAAACAUCAAAUGCGCUAAAAGUUCACCAGAGAACACACACAGGAGAGAAGCCUUACGUCUGCUCUAACUGUGGAACUAGUUUCUCUCAACUUUCCCAUUUACAAUCACAUGAACGUAUACAUACAGGAGAGAAGCCUUUCUUCUGCUCUGACUGUGGGGCGAGUUUCUCUCAGCUGGGCACCUUAAAAACACACCAACGUAUACACACAGGAGCGAAGCCUUAUUCCUGCUCUGACUGUGGAAAAUGUUUUAAAACCUCAAAUGAGCUAAAAGUUCACCAGAGAACACACACAGGAGAGAAGCCGUAUUACUGCUCUGAGUGUGGAACUAGUUUCUCGCAACUUUCCAGCUUAAAAUCACAUGAACGUAUACAUACAGGGGAGAAGCCAUACUCCUGCUCUGUUUGUGUAAAAUGCUUCAAAACAUCAACGGUGCUAAAACGUCAUCAGAGAACACACACAGGAGAGAAGCCUUUCUUCUGCCCUGACUGUGGAACUCGUUUCUCUCGGCUUUCCCACUUAAAAUCACAUGAACGUAUACAUACAGGAGAGAAGCCUUUCUUCUGCUCUGACUGUGGGGCGAGUUUCUCUUAUCUGGUCACCUUAAAAACACACCAACUUAUACACACUGGUGAGAAGCCUUACUUCUGCUCUGACUGUGGAAAAUGCUUCAAAACAUCAACUGAGCUAAAAGUUCAUCAGAGAACACACACAGGAGACAAGCCGUAUUACUGCUCUGACUGUGGAACUAGUUUCUCGCAACUUUCCAAUUUACAAUCACAUGAACGUAUGCAUACAGGAGAGAAGCCUUACGUCUGCUCUGACUGUGGAAAAUGCUUCACAUCAUCAACUCAUCUAAAAGUUCAUCAGAGAACACACACAGGGGAGAAGCCAUACUCCUGCUCUGACUGUGGAAAACGUUUUAAAACAUCAAAUGAGCUAAAAGUUCACCAGAGAACACACACAGGAGAGAAGCCAUACGUCUGCUCUAACUGUGGAACUAGUUUCUCUCAACUUUCCAGUUUACAAUCACAUGAACGUGUACAUACAGGAGAGAAGCCUUUCUUCUGCUCUGACUGUGGGGCGAGUUUCUCUCAGCUGGGCGCCUUAAAAAAACACCAACGUAUACACACAGGAGCGAAGCCUUAUUCCUGCUCUGACUGUGGAAAAUGUUUUAAAACAUCAAAUGAGCUAAAAGUUCACCAGAGAACACACACAGGAGAGAAGCCUGUCUCUGCUAAGCUAAAAGCUAAAAGUUCAUCGGAGAACACGUACAGGAGAAAAUCCUUACUCCUGUUCUGACUGUGGGGUGAGUUUCUCUUGACUGGAUACCUUAAACACACACCAACAUAUACAUAAAGGAGAGAAGCCUGCUUACAUCUGCUCUGACUUUUGGGUGAGUUUCUCUCACCAUAGCAACUUAACACACCAAUGUAGUCACACAGGAGAGAAGUCUUACUCCUGCUCUGUGGAAGGGUGGGCGUGUAACUCAAACUUCUAGCCAAAGGCUGCUGUGUUUAGAAUCUCAUCAAGGAGGACUGAAGCAUUUUAGCUAAUCAGCAACUUUGCAACUACUUACUACUUUUUAGCUAUUACUUAGUAUGUUAGCAUAUCAUACAUAUUACAAGUUCGUAACAUAUUGUAUGAAUAGCAAUGUGUAAAAUAACAUAACAAUUGUAAUUCUUAACAUACGAUAAGUCCUUCAAGUCGUAUUAUACUGAACAACAAUCUAAACGUAUCAAUUUCAAAGAUUUACAGUUUGUAUAAGGAAAUCAGUCAUUUUAAAUAAGAGGCCAUAAUCUAUGGAUUUCACAUGACUGGGCAGGGGCUCCGCCAUGGGUGGGACUUGGGAGGGCAUCGGCCCACUUGGGAGCCAGGCCCAUUCAAUCGGCAUAAGUUUUUCCCCACAAAUGGUCUUGAUUACAGCCGAAAUACUACUCAGCCCCCUCCCAGACAAUCCUGCAGGUGAAGAGGUCCUGGGCUGCCGUGGUUACAUGUGAUCUGCAGUUGUGAGGCCGGUUGGAUAUACUGCCAAAUUCUCUAAAAGGACGUUAGAGGUGGCUUAUGGUAGAGAUAUACAUAUUGAAUUCUCUCCUGCAGUCUUGUGUGGCCUUUUAUUGUCCCCCAGCACAAGGUGCAGUUGUGUAAUGAUAAUGCUGUUUUAUCAACAUCUUGAUAUGCCACACCUGUCAGGUGGAUGGAUUAUCUUGACAAAGGCUGAAAUGCUCACGAACAGGGAUAGUAACAAAGUUGUGCACAACAUUUGAGAGAAAUUAGCUUUUUCUGCACAUGGAACAUUGCUGGAAUGUUUUAGUUCAGCUCAUGAAACCAACACUUUAAAUGUUUAGUUUAUAUUUCAGUUCAGGUUAUAUUGGUAGGCCAAUGUAAUGUAACCUAACAUACUAAAUGGAGUGGCACGGAUGUUUUUGUAAUACAUAAUACGUUUUGCUCUGAGACCAAGUUGUCCCUCUGAGGUAUUCUGUGGGAAUGAGCUAGUAGACACUUCUUUAAAAAAAAAAAACAUUUUUUGAACCUUUAUUUAACUAGGCAAGUCUGUUAAGAACAAAUUCUUAUUUACAAUGAUGGCCUAGGAACAGUGGGUUAACUGCCUUGGCAGAACAACAGAGUUUUACCUUGUCAGCUCGGGGACCUUUUGGUUACUGGCCCAAUGUUCUAACCACAAGUCUACCUUCCGCCCCUAACGUGUAUCAGAUAGAGAUGGUGUGAUGAUCACUUUUCACCAUUAGUUUGGGGGGAUUAUUUUACAACUUUAUUUAAUGAUACACAGUUUAUGCAAUGAAUAUGUGUGUUUAAUAAUUGUCUUUAAAACUAGAUUAGUUAUUUUAGUUACUGAUCAUGAAUGUGUUUGGAAAACUGCAUUGAAGCAAACUUUAUUGAUCUGCCAAUGAAAAAUAAAGUUACAUGAAUAUGUA